AUGGCGGAAUCGGAGCUGAGCGUCAGGAGCUGUCGAGAAUUAUGGACUAUACUGCUCGGGAGGUCUGCACUGAGGGAGCCGGUUCAGAUAGAAGCAGAGCUGGACAGACAUUGGGACAGACUGCAUCAAGGACUCAGUUACUACAAGCCGCCCAGCUCGUCAUCUGCUGCCAAAGUGAAAGACAACAAAGAUGUUGCUCAACCUUUGAAGGAAUUUGGUUUGAGGAUCAGUAAACUUCUAAAUCUCGACGAGCAGCAGAGUGUGCAGAUUUUACAGUGCUACCUACAGGAGGACUACAGGGGAACCCGUGAUUCACUCAAGGUUGUUCUCAAGGAUGAGAGGCAAAGUCUGGCACUGCUGCUGAAGAUAGCGGAUUAUUACUAUGAGGAGCGCAUGUGCCUACUCAGAUGUGUCCUCCUCCUGCUGACUUACUUUCAGGAUGAGCGUCAUCCCUACAGUGCUGAGUACAGUAAUAGUGUCACUAAGCUGGAGAAAGACCUUGUGAGCUGCUAUCAGGCACAGUUUGAGAGUCUCUUCAAGGCAGAAGCACCAACAUGGGAAACCCACGGAAACCUCAUGACGGAGCGGCAGGUGUCGCGCUGGUUCCUGCAGUGCCUGAGAGAACAGUCCCUGCUGCUGGAGAUCAUCUUUCUGUAUUACGCCUACUUCGAGAUGAGCCCGUCCGACCUCCUCAGCUUCACCAAGAUGUUCAAAGAGCAAGGCUUCGGGCUGCGGCAGACCAACAGACACCUGGUGGACAAGAGCAUGGACGCGCUGGUUGACCGGAUCGGAUACUUGAGCUCCCUCAUUCUGGUGGAAGGAAUGGACAUCGACUUCCUGCACAAGUGCGCUCUGGAGGAUUGUACAGAGCAGCACCAGUUCUCCUGCGCUGCAGACGUCAUUAAGGAGAUGGACCAGCUGCUGCUGACCUUCGGGGACAUUCCUCAUCACGGGCCGGUGCUGCUGGCCUGGGUCCUGCUGAGACACACCCUGAGGCCGGACGAGACCAAUCCGGUGGUCAGGCGCAUCGGGAACACGGCCCUGCAGCUGGGGGUCUUCCAGUACCUGUCCACCAUGCUGAAAGGCCUCGGAGCCUCAGGAAAUAACUGUACAGCAAGCACAGCAAAAAUGUGCGUGUAUGGCCUCCUGUCGUUCGUGAUCACUUCUUUUGAAGAGGAGAGCCUGCAGACGGACGGCGUGGCCACGCAGUGCUCGCACCUGAUCGACGCUGCCUGUGAAGUCCUCUCCGCCCCCAGUUUGGCUGAAGUCUUUUGGGAAAUGAAGCCAAACAUGGGGCUGGGGAUGAUCCUGGACAGCGCAGUGGGGAUGUUUCCCCAUCAGAUCGGGCCUCUGCUGCAGCUGCUGACGGCACUGCUGUCCAACAAAUCCACCGUCAAAAAGGUUUACAACUUUCUGGAUAAGAUGUCCUUCUACACACAAGUUUACAAACACAAACCCAACGACGUUAUAUCCAAGGACGACGAGACGCUCUGGAGGAGACAGACUCAGAAACUCCUCUACCCCCUCGGCACGGGGCAGACCAACCUGUGGAUGCCGCAGGGCGUCCUGGGCCAGGUGAUGAUCGGGGGCGAGCAGACCUACGUGGUGCGGUGGGACUACUCCUACAGCUCCUGGACGCUCUUCACCUGUGAGGUGGAGAUGCUGCUGCACGUGGUCUCCACUGCAGACGUUCUCGCUCACUGCGCCCGGGUGAAGCCCAUCCUCGACCUCGUCCACAAGAUCAUCAGCACAGACUGGACGGUUUCCGACUGCCUGCUGCCGCUCACCUCACGCAUAUACAUGCUGCUGCAGAGGUUAACUUCAGUCAUCAACCCUCCCGUGGACGUGAUCGCCUCCUGUGUCAACUGCUUGUCGGUGCUGGCGGCCAGGAUGCCGGGGAAGGUCUGGUCCAGUUUGCACCACACUGGUUUCCUCCCGUUCGCCUCCAACCCUCUGACCAACAUGGCUCAGUGUGUCAGUGCCGAGGGAAUGAAGGCGGGUAAUUACGGCAACCUGCUGGUGCAGAUCGAGCAGCCCAGGGGCGAGUACGCCGUGACCAUCGCCUUCCUGCGCCUCCUCACCACCCUGGUCAAGGGUCAGCUUGGCAGCACCCAGAACAAAGGCCUGAUCCCCUGCGUGCUGCUGGUGCUGAAGGAGAUGCUUCCCACGUAUCACAAGUGGCGCUACAACACCUACGGAGUCCGGGAGAGGAUCGGUUGUCUGAUUUUGGAGCUGAUUCACGCCAUCCUCAAUCUGAGCCCAGAGGGGGAGGACCAGGGCAGCACCCCCACCCUGCAGUCUCUGUGCAUCUACAGCCUGGCGAACACGGAAGCCGGCCAGGCGGUGGUCAACAUCAUGGGCGUGGGCGUCGACACCAUCGACGUGGUUCUGGCUGCGCAGCCCAGCAGCUGUGGCGCCGAAGGUCCCGGGCAGAUCCUCAUCCAGACGGUCAAGCUGGCCUUCUCCGUCACCAACAACGUCAUCCGGCUGAAGCCGCCGUCCGACGCCGCGUCGCCGCUGGAGCAGGCGCUGACGCAGCACGGCGGCCACGGCAGCAACCUCAUCGCCGUCCUGGCCAAAUAUAUUUACCACAAGCACGACCCGGCGCUGCCGCGCCUCGCCAUCCAGCUGCUGAAGAGGCUCGCCACGGUGGCUCCCAUGUCGGUGUACGCCUGCCUCGGCAGCGACGCCGCCGCCAUCCGGGACGCCUUCCUCACCCGCCUGCAGAGCAAAACCGAAGACAUGAGGAUCAAGGUCAUGAUCCUGGAGUUUCUGACCGUCGCCGUGGAAACGCAGCCGGGCCUCAUCGAGCUCUUCCUCAACCUGGAGGUGAAGGACGGGAGCGAGGGCUCGAAGGAGUUCCUGCUGGGCGAGUGGAGCUGUCUGCACGUGGUUCUGGACCUGAUCGACUCCAAGCAGCAGGGGAAGUACUGGUGCCCCCCCCUGCUGCACCGCGCCGCCCUGGCCUUCCUCCUGGCGCUGUGGCAGGACCGCCGGGACAGCGCCAUCUCUGUGCUCCGCGCCAAAGAGCGGUUCUGGGAGAAUCUGACGACGCCUCUGUUCGGGACCCUGACGCCGCCGUCGGACACCACAGAGCCCUGCGUCCUGGAGACGUGCGCCUUCGUCAUGAAGAUCAUCGGCCUGGAGAUCUACUACGUCGUCAGCGGCUCGCUGGAGCAGUCCCUGAAGGACGGCCUGCAGAAGUUCUCCAACGCGCGGCGCUACGAGUACUGGUCGCAGUACGUCAAGGCGCUGGUGUGCCACGUGGCCGCCAUGGAGGAGGAGGGCGUCUGCUACUUCGCCGAGACCCAGAUGCUGAUCUCCGCUUGGCGCAUGCUGCUGAUUCUCGCCACCGGCCACUCUGAAGUGAUGCAGCUCACGGACGAUUCCACCAAGCUGAAGCUGUUCAUGGACGUUUUAGACGGAACUCAAGCCGCCCUGACGACGCCUACCUCUGUGCCUUGUCUCCGUCUGGGCUCCAUGAUGGCCACGCUGCUCCUCAUCCUCCUCAAGCAGUGGAGAAGCGUGGUUGCAGCGGCUCCGGACAUCCUGUCCCCGCUGUCCCUGAUCCUGGAGAGCGUCCUGCAGGCCGACCAGCAGCUGAUGGAGCGCACCAAGGCCAAGGUCUUCUCCGCCCUCAUCUCCGUGCUGCAGAUCCAGGGACUGAACGGAGGAGACAUUUCCCAGCUGCCCCAGCUGCUGCUGUCCGUGUGCGAGACGGUGAAGGACGAGGCGCUGGCGCUCAUCGACAGCACUCGCCACAUGAGCCAGGCGGGCGACGCGGCGGAGGACGAGGACAGCAUGGAGACGGACUCUCCCCGCGGGCCGCAGAAGGACCAGAGAGACGGGGUGUGCGUCCUGGCUCUCCACCUGGCCAAGGAGCUGUGUCGCACCGACGAGGACGGCGAGCACUGGGUGCUGGUGAUGAGGAAGGUCCCCGUCCUGCCGUCGGUGCUCAGCGCCAUGGAGCUCAGCCUGCGCUCCAAAAACAACCUGUACUUCACCGAGGCGGCGCUGCACCUGCUGCUCACGCUGGCCCGCACGCCCCAGGGCGCUGCGGCGGUCGCCGGAGCCGGAGUCAUCCAGACCAUCUGCCUGCCUCUGCUCAGCGUGUACGAAGUCUCUUCCAACGGGGCGUCACAGAGCUUCUCCCGGAAGGCCCAGGACUCGGCCUGCUGGCCGGGAGUCUACCGCCUCUGCAUGUCCCUGAUGGAGAGUCUGCUCAAGACGCUGCGCUACAACUUCGUCAACGAGGCCCUGGACUUCGUGGGAGUCCAUCAGGAGCGCAUCCUGCAGUGUCUGAACGCCGUGCGCACGGUGCAGAGCCUGUCCUGCCUGGACGAGGCCGACCACACGGUGGGCUUCCUGCUGCAGCUCUCCAGCUUCUGCAAGGAGUGGCAGUUCCACCUGCCCAAGCUGCUGCGGGACGUCCAGGUCAACCUGUGCUACCUGUGCCAGACGUGCACGUACCUGCUGCACAGCAAGAAGAUGCUGCACCACUACCUGCAGGCUAAAAACGGCGAGGCGCUGCCGCCCGGGCCGCUCGCCAGGACGCAGCGGCCCCAGCAGACCAAGGAGGCGGCGGUGGCGGCGGCGGGCGGGGCGGGCGGAGGCGAGCGAGAGGAGGCGGAGCAGAAGGCCCUGCUGGCCGUGCAGUGCAGCCUCCUGAAGAUCCUCAGCAAAACCCUGGCCACGCUGCAGCACUUCACCCCAGACUGCUGCCAGAUCCUCCUGGACCAGUGUAUGGACCUGGCCGAGUACCGCACGCUCUUCGUGCUCAGCUUCACCACGCCGGCCUUCGACCCCGACGUGGCGCCGUCGUUCGGGACGCUGCUGGCCACCAUCAACGUGGCGCUGGGCAUGCUGAGCGAGAUGGAGAAGAAGAAGGAGCCGGCUUCCCUCAGCAUCGCCUCUCUGGCCUCGUCGGAGGAGAUCCAGGCGCUGAAGUCGCUGCUGAUGUUCACCAUGGAGAACUGCUUCUACGUGCUCAUCUCUCAGGCCGUGCGCUGCCUGAAGGACGCCGCCAUCCUGCCCCGAGACAAGCAGCGGCUGAAGCAGGAGCUCAGCUCGGAGCUGAGCACCCUGCUCUCCAGCCUGUCCCGCCACUUCCGCCGCGGCUCGCCGUCGUCGCCGGCCGGCGGCCUGCUGCCCUCCUCCCAGUCCAAGCCGGCCACGCCGGGCUCCAAGGCGGCGCCGGAGGGCCAGGAGCCGUUCAUCCAGCUGGUCCAGGCCUUCGUCAGGCUGGUGCAGAGAUAGUCCGGCCCCUUCUGACCCCCCCGGUGCGCCUCAGUGUGGAUUCUGCCGUGGUUCCGUUUUUUUCUAUUUUAAUACAUUAUUUUUGCCAAAACCGUUCGACCACGACCAGAGCGUCGACCCUCGGGGGCGACCGGCUGCUGCCUGACGUCAAAUCGACCCGUUUCUCCGCGAUCUUGGUGCUACGAAGCGUCGGCCGGCGACCGGUCCGCCUCCUGUCACAGGUCUAGUUUUAUAGGCCAGAAGCCCGACGCUUCCACUCGUUUUAAAAGUUAAAUAUUCAUUUAAAGGUUCAUCGUGUUCAACUCUUCUCCAGUUUGCUUCAUUCUCACUAAUCCCGUUUUCUCAUUUGUGCUUCUUCGUGUGCGACGUUUGGAAAAAGGCUGCCAAGAUUUCUACUAAACUAAACUCUGUGUAUAUGCUAAUAAAGGGACUUUU